AGGUUAGUCAGCUAGUUGAUUAGCUGCGGUCCAAGCUGCAACUUUUAUCCGCGUUGUUGUUCGCCUUUGUGCGGAGAAAUCGGAAACUUUACUCCGGGGAUUCGGCCUGGAACAAUAACCGGAGGACGAAAGGAGUCAGGCCAUUAAUAGCUCAAAAUGUCGAUUCUGGGUCUUAAAAAGAAACAACCCAAGACUUUUAAAGUCAAAGUCAGCACCAUGGAUGCAGAGAUGGAGUUCAGCUGUGAGGUAAAAUGGAAAGGGAAAGACUUGUUUGAUCUGGUGUGCCGUACUAUUGGAUUGAGGGAAACUUGGUUCUUUGGCCUCCGGUACACUGUGAAAGACACACAUGCUUGGCUUAAGCCUGAUAAACGGGUAUUGGAUCAAGAUGUACCAACGGACUCUCCUAUAACAUUUCACUUUCUUGCUAAAUUCUUUCCUGAAAAAGUCGAGGAGGAGCUUGUUCAGGAAAUCACACAGCACCUUUUCUUCUUACAAGUAAAGAAACAAAUACUAGAUGAGGAGAUAUUUUGUUCUCCAGAGGCCUCUGUCCUGUUGGCAUCAUAUGCUGUUCAAGCAAAGUAUGGGGAUUACGACCCAAACUUCCACAAGCCAGGCUUCCUGGCCCAAGAUGAACUCUUGCCUAAAAGGGUCCUGAUGCAGUAUCAGAUGACACCAGAGAUGUGGGAAGAGAAGAUCACAGCUUGGUAUGCUGAACACAGAAAUAUAGCAAGGGAUGAAGCGGAAAUGGAGUAUCUGAAAAUAGCCCAGGAUCUCGACAUGUAUGGCGUUAGCUAUUUUUCAAUCACACAAAAUAAGAGAGACAAGGAGCUCCUGCUUGGUGUCGAUGCCCAGGGACUUCAUAUCUACAGCCCUAAUAGCAAACUGAAUCCCCAGAAGUCCUUCCCCUGGAGCGGUAUCCGUAACAUCUCCUACAGUGAGAAAGAGUUUACUAUUAAGCCACUGGACAAAAAGAAGGACGUCUUUAAAUUCUAUUCUUCACAGCUCAGAGUGAAUAAGUUGAUCUUACAGCUGUGUAUUGGGAACCAUGAUCUGUUCAUGAGGCGGAGGAAGGUGGACUCCAUUGAAGUGCAGCAGAUGAAGGCUCAGGCCAAGGAAGAGAAGGCUAGGAAAAAGAUGGAACGUCAGAUUCUAGCACGGGAGAAGCAGCUGAGGGAGGAUGCGGAGCGGGCUAAAGAAGACAUGGAGCGUAGACUCUUUCAGCUUCAGGAUGAGGCUCGUAUGGCUAAUGAAGCUCUGGUGAGAAACUUGCUGCGCUCUGAGGAGACGGCCGACUUGCUGGCGGAGAAGGCCCAGAUUGCUGAGGAGGAGGCAAAGUUGCUGGCUCACAAAGCAGCCGAAGCAGAGCAGGAGAGACAGAGGCUGGAGGUCACAGCCCUCAAGACUAAAGAGGAGCACAGGCUAAUGGAGCAGAAGAUGAGGGAGGCGGAGCAGCUAGCUGUAAAACUGGUGGAGCAGUCAGAGAGGAGGUCAAAGGAGGCUGACCAUCUAAAACAGGAUCUGAACGAGGCCAAAGAUGCAGAACGCAGAGCCAAGCAGAAGCUGAUAGAGAUCACCAAAACAACAUACCCAUUGAUAGCUGCAUAUUCCAGUCCUCCACCCCCACCCGGCCCUGACAGUACGGAGAUACAGCCGGACAUGGCCGCCUCAUACCGACUGGACUUCAAAGACUCGGACAUGAAGAGACUAUCCAUGGAAAUCGAACGUGAACGGCUAGAGUACAUGGAGAAGAGCAAGCACUUGCAGGACCAGCUGAAAGAACUGAAGUCAGAGAUCGAGUCUCUGAAGCUGGAGGAACAGCAGCAGCAAGCAGGGCUUUACAACCUGAGGGGUUAUGCCGAACCAUCCUACAUCCCCCACAGCAACGUAAGACACACACACAAGCCCACAACACAGCAUCAACAAAGUGCACUCUGUGUAACCUCUAGUAAAUUCAAGUGGGAUUCUAUAUAACUGAUGUUGGCAGAUAACUUUGUACAGUUCCUUGAUUCAGCCUGACGUUAAGUUUUGAAGCAUUGUAUAUCUUAUAUGCAUGCUGAAUACUAUCUAAAGCAGGGGAGUACAAAUAAUAAACCACCCUCCGGACAUGCGAGAACUCCAUACUACCCAGUGCCAUGUUUUGGUUGCCUGGAAACCUUACCUGCUUUCUUGAUAACGUAUUUGAUGUAGCAAGUUGUCUUUGUGACAAAAAGUUAGCAAAUCUCUGGUAAAUAUUUCAGCUAUGAGCUGCGAUGUUCUCUCCUCGCACCACAAGUCUGGCUGAAGCCUUUAUUUUCUGUCGAUAUGUUUAACCAUGUGGUAACUGCUAUUUAUAGCAGCAGCACUAUACGACCGCUUUGUGCCGCAUUAUAUUUUUCCUCGUUUUCCUGUCGUCUGUGCAUGAUAAUUAAUCCACCUCCUAAAAAUCAUUCUACCAUCAUCCAGAUUGAGCCUUGGCCCACGUGUGUAGUGCAGUGUAGUUCUAGCAUUGAGGUGCAUCAUGUUUAAAAACACACGUGUAUAUAAAAGCUUUUGUAUUUCAGAAGUACAAGUCAACAGGAAAUAUUGUUUAUUUUGAAACCUAUAGCUCAUAUAUGAAAUCUGCUUGUCCCAGGCUAGUGAUUUAUCCACCCCUAUAAAGUAAUUGUCAGUUAAUCAUAUUCCUACCCAAGGUGUAACUUGUAAUUGUUUCCAUGUGCAUUUAUUGUCUGAUUUAUUUGUAGACAUUGGGUGUGUCUUAAUCUGCCUCCUAGCUCCCUAGGUCGUGAAUCAGUAUAUCGUGUACACGAGUUCGGGCACUGGUAAGAACCCUGGCUCAUUACACAUUGGGACACUGAUGACUCAAUUUCCGGCAACAUGAUUACGUACUCGCUUUGUAAAACGUCACCACUGGCGUUUAUCAACAACAGGCAGGACGAUAUCUUUCUUACAUUAUAUGUCUCAUAAAUUUGUUAGCUUAAUCACACGCAUUUCUGUCAUGGUACUUCAAGCAGGUUUGUAGGCUAGCUAGAGGAUUUUAAAAAAAUUAUUAAACACGUAACUCAUUAGGCUCAAACAAACUAUAUAUAGAAUGUCAAAUAAAUUUGAUGGUUUGGGUUGUUUUUAAGAAAAGAGUUUUCAUCUCGCAACUUUAGAACUUUACUGUAUGCUGGUGUUUUGCAGAGGAACUCAGCCUACAUGACUCAGAUGGCUUUCUUCGAGGAGGUGUGACCAGACAUAAGUCUGACAAGGAGGAAGGAGGUUAUGAAAUCAACACUACAGUGUGCAACACUCAUCAGGGAAUGUACAAUAUCAAGCACACUUAUACACACUCCUGCACAAAAUGCUUUGGGGGUAAAAAGUGGUUUUAAAUAAUUAUACUGACAGGUUUAGUAUCUCUAACUAAAAAUGCUAUGACAGAACAACACCGGUUUUACUGUAGUAGCUAAUGGGAUAUCCUUUCAAGCAAUUAUUUAAUGUUUGCAAAUCCUUUUUUUUUUUUCUUUUUCUUUUUUUUAAAGACAAUGUCCUAAAAUUUGUUUUUGUGGGGGGAAAAAUACUGAAUUUUCUUUCUUUAUAUUUCACUAAGGUACUGUACAGUGGUUAAAUUCAGUUAAAUUAAGUUUAACUAAUGUGCAACUGCUUGUCACCAUCAACCUUUUUCAUUUGAGCAAAAUUUCAUUGGUGCCACAUUUCUUACUGUGUUUCAGCUGAAAAGUAGCUGACCUCUUGCACUAGUGCCUUUUGAACGUGCAUGGCUAAAGUCAGGUUUAUGUAGUGUUUGUUACUAAUACAGGGGGAAAUUGAGAAGCAUGUUCCCAGUGUAAUGCUGCACAGCAAGUCUAACAGUCCUCAUGCAUUACUGUUCUGGCAGCUCGGUUUCUGCUUUACGGUUUACCCACCCCAGUCAGAGGACAUGGAACCUGGCACUCUUACCUUUCUUCAUCUACGAGAGGUGCCCCGAUAAUUCCCGUAAUUGGUUGUUGUUUUAAAAAAAAAAAAAAAAAAAAAAACUAGUGUUGUAAAACUUACAGCAUUUCUCCUUUAAUCCCCUUCAAAGUACUCUCCUUGUGAUGCAAUACACUUGUCCCAUUGUUUCUCCCAUUCUUGGAAACAUUUCCUGUAGUCAUCUUUUGUCAUCAGGUCUAGAGCUUCCUGUGGUGUUGUGCGGAUUUCUUCCACGGCGGCAAAUCUUUUCCCUUUUAGUCUCAUUUUUAAUUUUGGUAGCAAAAAGAAGUCGCAAGGAACGAGUUCUGGCGAUUACUGUGAAUGUUAAAUGUAUAACCAUAUGCAAGAUCCAGUUCCGGGUGCACCACUUCUCUGGAUGUUUUUUUCAUGAUGAUUUCCCAUAGUCACCUAAGCACUUCAAAAGAAAAAUGCUUAGGCCACAUUUGAAUUCCAGGAAUUUUUGGCUUCCCCAUCGUAUGGUAAAGGAUUUGGCAAUACACCCAAGCUUCUGCUGCAGUCCUUUCCUUUCACACAUCUUUGGACUUCUCCUUUUAUGGCUUUAUUUUCAUUUUUGUUCUUGUGGAUAAGACGAGUCUGACAAAAACAAACCCUUAGUCUAAAGUUCUAUAGAAUAUAAUUCACUUCAUUUUGCGUUCUAGUAGGUGUUGCAGCGAAGUGGAUGUUUUAUUUAUUUAUUGAUUUAUUUUUAAUACAACAAGGAGUGCUGUUAUAGGAAGAUGUUCAACGAAUGAAUGAUGGAUCCUCUUAUUCCAUAGUAAUUUUCCAACUUACAAUUUUACAAAUGUAAAGUGUAAACUCCUUUGUUUUGAGGACUCUCCCAUGUCAGAAAACUUAGAGCUGCAGCUUUACCUGACCAUUACAGAACGCUGACAUUGGAUACUCCUGUAAACGUUAAAUAAACGUCUCCACACCCAAACUUAGCCAUUUCAACAAUUACACACAUUUUUAAAUCCGAUUAUGUAACAUGUUUUGCCAUGUAAAUCUUUGUGUAAGUUGUUAUCAUAGAAACAAUAGCGCAUUUAUGUCUUAUAACUUUAUAAGAAUGAUACAGGCUGAAAUUCAGGACUGCAUCAAAGGCAAUACUGAACUACAGAAACACUAACAGGACAAAAACUAAACUACUCUCUACUAUAAAGGCCAAUUUUAGCACUGUUUUCAAGGUAGUGCCUCUAAAACAGCAUUAUGGUAAACAUUGUGAAAUGAAAUUUAAAAAAAAAAAAAAACAGUAAAGUUCAUAUGACCUGAAUUGGCCAGGAUGUGCGAAUUCAAGUGUGCUUUCAGAUGAUUUAAAUGAACCAUUUCAGUUUUUAGUAUUUAAAUCGGCUGCACCACUCAUUCAUGAUUAAAUGGUUAUCUCAAGGAAGUGUAAUGACAGCACAACACUACAUUUUCUUUGCUAUGCGGUUUUUCCCCAUUGUCAGUGAUGCAAAUUUUCUUAUACAUUUCUCAUGUUGUGCUGGAAAAACAAACAGGCCAUUCUUAAUUUCAAAUUAUUUAUACUUAAACCCAAUGUCAUAAUUUUUUACAAGUGUUUUCUCCAUUUCAGAAUGUUGGUGGCUUAUACCAGUUGUAUUCUUCUUUUUUUUGUGUGUGGUGUUUCUGUGUGUCUUCCUGGUCCAUAUGAAAGUGCAUGAUUUAUAUGAUUUUGAAUUUGGAAUAUCUAAAUUCCCAGUCAUUAAAAUGUUUGGGCUUUAGUGAUUUUCAAAGGAUUUUCAGGCUGCUUUGAAUUUGAAAAUUAGACAAUUCUCCAUUAACACACUACUUUUGUAGCACAUAAUCAUAACGUCAUAGUGCUUAGUGAGAAACAUUCCUUUGUUCUUAAUACAUAACCAUAUGCACAGAAGGCAAUUAUUCAUGUUUUAAUGAAACCUGCCCAUUUUUGCCCGUGUGUCAAAUGCUAAUUUAUCAUUAUCCUUUUGUUAACUGCAGCUCACAAGUGCCUUGUAUGUUUUGUGGAAGUUUUUUUUUCUUUUUCUUCUUUUUUUUUUUUUUUCUUCUUCUUUUUUAUUUUUUAUUUUAUUUUUUUUUAAAAAACAUUUUCAAAUGUUUAUACGGAUUCAGUGCCAUAUGUAAGUCUUUACUGAAGUGCAGUAUUAUAGCCUUUAAUCUGAAUCUGCCACAGUUUACUAUUUACAUUUUGUUACAUGUAAUUAGAUAUUUGUUUGUUUUUUGGUUUGUUUGUUUUUUUUUUUAUCUAAAAUGACUUACAAGUGAGGCAGAGUUCAGUUAAAGGCUACAGCUGGGCAGAGCCAAACCGCAGCAGUCUGGCAGUACCUGGAUUUGAACUUGCAACCUUCUGCUCGCCAGCACAAAGACUUCAUCACUGAGCUGUUACACAUCCCGACACCUCUUAUGUGUAGUGAAUUGAAAACUAAUUCACAAAUAAAAUGAUGACUUUUUACAA